AUGUCCAAGUGGAAACCAUCUUUACGUAAUACAGGAAAAAAGUCUUCAGUUGCUAAUGCCACAGAAAAAUCAACUGUAAAGAAAGUAACCCGAAAGACUCCAGGUGCCAAACCUGCACUUACACAGACAUCAUCUUCCCAAAGAAGAGGAAGGAAACAUCUGUUUCCUAAAUCUAAAUGUCCAGAAUCCAAAGUUUCCAAGAGUAAAACAAGAAAAGUUUCUUCUGCUGGAAGCCAGCAUCAAGAUUCCAAAAACAAACCAAGGAAAAGGAAUCACAUCCUAAAACAUCAUCCACCAACAUCUUGCUCAGAGAAAUCUCAUUCAUCUCAACUACACACUCUUACAUCUGAAUCUCAUAAGCCCUUAUCUUGUCCACAUCAAGCAAGAAAGCAAUCAGCUGUGAAUUCUGUAGAAGCAACAACUGCACUACACACAACACCAACUACUGUCUUUAAACAUACCACCAAUGAAGUUACUGGAAGUUCUGAUGAUAUUACUUCUACCACAGUUCAAACCAGCUCUAUAGCAAAAGAGGCUACUACCCCUGCUACUACGCUUUCACCUACUGCAUCUCAAAGCAUCACACACUCAACUGGUACUGCCACCACUACCCUUCAAGAUAACCCAACUACUGCUAUCACUGACACUACAACUACUGCUAUCAUUGACACUACAUCUACUGCUAUCACUGACACUACAACUACUGCUAUCACUGACACUACUGCUACUGCAACAGUUAAAACUACUUCCAUAACUGAAACCACUACCGCUAAAACUGACACAACUACUAAAGGGACUGAUGUAACUGUUUCUGUGGUUAACCCAACAACCACAGCAGUAAACACAAAUAGUGCAACUGACACAGCAACAGGAACUACAACCACUAGAGAAGCCCUCAAACCCACAACUGUGCCAGAAAUGACCAGCCCCACUGCCACUGCAGUGAGCACAAACAGUGCAACUGACACUACAACAGGAACGACAACAACCACAGCGGCCAUUCAACCCACAACCACUCCUGAAGCCAACACUUCUACCCUUAGCUCUACUUCGUCUGUGACUGAUACCACUUCUGCUCUUCCAAAUACAAGCACUCCUCUGGACAAUGUCACGACUGCCACCCAUUCAAUUCUUACUGUGCCUGAAGAGGGCGGUGAUUUACACUCUGAAAAUGAAUCUGACCCAAAUUUAACUGAAGAGUCCACUGAAACUCCAGAAUCAUCUGCCACAGGACCUGUUACUCCUUCAACUCCAGAAGCCACAGAUCCCACCACAAAUAACUCAGAGCCUACAGCCAGUAACAUUACUCAGAACCCAUAGCUGACAGCUACUACACACAGUCCUUCAAUAUUGAUUAAAUAUCCCAACCCAAAAUCAAAAGUAUGAAAUGAAAUACUAAAAAUGUUC